AUGUGCCUUUCAAAAUUAACUUCUACAUGUACGUUUAUUCUACUUAUAGGAGUUGCUAUAUUAGUAGUAAUUUCAAUUGCAUUAAAUGCUGCUAUUUUGAGUGUAAUUAAUAAACGAUUUGAUGAACUUAAACCUGAGAAUGGUCAAACGACAAGUAAAACUACAGUUUCAUCAUCACCAACAAUGACAAGCACGACUCGACCAUCAAUUUAUUUUAAUUUGGCUGAUUCAAUUCGUAUUGAAGAUUUAAUGAAUCAUCUUAAUGAGUUACAACGUAUUGCUGAUAAUGCAGGAAAUACUCGUGCUAUUGGAACUCGUGGAUUUACAGAAACAGUUAAUUAUAUCCAUAAUUAUCUACGUAAUAAUGCUCCUACUUUAAAUGUUUUUCGAGAAUCAUUACCGAUACAAAAUUUUACAAUUAAAGGAAAUCCAAUAUUGAUUUCAACUAUCAAUAAUACUAAUAAAACAUUUAGUUAUUCAACUAAUUUAGCAAGAUCUGAUUUUACAUAUGUCAAUUAUUCAGCUCAAAUUACUUUAACAAAAUUUAAUUUAAUAGUCGUUCCUAAUUAUGGAUGUGAUGAAUUCGAUUGGCAAAAUGUAGCAGGUCGAGCAGCAUUAGUAGUAGUAGGAGGUGCAUGUACUAAUGCUGAAAAAGGUGAGUUAGCCAAUAAAUAUAAUGCAUCGGCUUUGUUGUAUUACAAUAAUGGCUUGACAACUACGAAUCUUGCACCUGUUAUUAUACGUCUUCGUCAAACAAAUAAAUUACCAGCACUCUAUCUUUCUUAUGUUGCUGGACAAGAAUUAGUCAAUGCAGCUAAUUUAAAUAAUGUGAGUAUUUGGCUUCGGAUUGAACGUGAAAAUUAUACAUCAUUCAUCGUUGAAAAUAUCUGUGCUGAUACAAGAGAAGGCAAUAUUAAUGAAACUAUUGUUGUGGGUGGUCAUAGCGAUAGUGUACCUGCUGGACCAGGAAUUAACGAUAAUGGUAGCGGAACAAUGGCUAUUCUGGUUUUGGCGACGAAUUUGGCUCGUCUCUAUCAAUCUGGAAAUUAUGCUAAAUAUAGAUAUCGUGUUCGAUUCUGUUGGUGGGCUGCUGAAGAAAUUGGACUUGUUGGAUCAGUUUAUCAUGCUCAACAAGCUCAAACUUCAUCUGCUACUCCUGGCAAUCGUCUUCAAGAUUAUCUAAUUAAUCUUAAUUAUGAUAUGCUUGGAUCACCUAAUUAUAUUUUGGGUAUCUAUAAUGGUAGUUCAGCAAAGCCAGGUACUCCAUCAUGGGCAAUCAAUGGAAGUGUUCGAAUUUCUGAUGUAUUUCGUAGUUGGUUUAUUGAAAAAAAUUUACCUUGGGAUUUUACUGAUUUUAGUGGUCGAAGUGAUUAUGGUCCAUUUUUAGCAGCUGGCAUAGUUGCAAAUGGACUUUUUUCCGGUGCCGACGAGACUAAAACAGCUGAACAACGUAAUAGAUAUGAAGAAAAACUUGGUCAAGGUCAAGGUGGUUUAGCAGGUGCAAUUCUUGAUCCUUGUUAUCAUAGAGUAUGUGAUACAACUGAUAAUAUAAAUCAAUUGGGUUAUGAAAAGAUGGUUCAAGCAGCAGCAUAUAUGCUCGAAUAUUUAGGUCAAAAAGAUGAUUUACCAACAUGGUUAUAUCCAGCAGGACGACCAAAACCUCGAUUACCAGACGAUUAUUUUCCUAAUAGUGAUUAUUUUCGAGAUAUUGAUAUUUAG